AUGUCUGUUCCUUUAACCAAAGUUGAUUCGGCCAUCGCUGGCUUGUCUAUAGACGAAAAGCCAAUUGAAAAGGAUACCAAGCAUGACAAGAAGGGCCACAAGCGGAAUUCCUCAACAGCAGAAGGCGUCUGGACUAUGAAGGACCUUGAGGAACAAAGGAUCGAGAUCACCCUGCCCAUUGAAACCCAGAAGACUGGGUGGAAACUCAACACCUCACCAAACACCAUCGAGGACAAAGACAUCCUCAAAAUGCUCCUCAUCAACCCCCCAGUCAAGAAGAUCGACCUCCACUUCCCCCUUGGUCUCGAGGUGACCGCUCGCAAUUCCAAGGGUGUCACAAUCAAAGACGCACUAGACGCCAUCCACAAGCAGUUUAAGAAAAAGGCGGACGACGAACUCGACAACCCCUACCUCGCUGGCUUCGAGUGGGACAAGGAAGAGUGCUGGACCCGACUGGUCGUGCACCAGACAAAGCAUGGCGCACCAGCGGCUCCAAGCAAAAAGUCCAAGAAGAAGUCCAAGGAUGAGGCAUAG